AUGUGUUUCUUUCGAGAGUUCAAUCAUUUAUUAAAAAAAUAAUUUAUAAGAAGUUAAUAGCAUUCACUAGCAUUCGCUAAAAUAAACCCUGCAACACUGCCAGUUAUCGCUUUGCACAUUUUGCCUGGCAAGCGCAAACAGCAUACCAGUUUAUAAGCAAAAAUAAACAAAUUGCAAAAUGGUUGAUCCGAACAGAAAAAUUAAUCGAAUGCCAGAUAAGGAUGUUAAUUUUCUGGACGAAUGCGAGUCCGAGUUUGCCUUACGCUACAGCACAGACGAUGCGGAAUUUAUGGCGCACUGUGCUAAACCCGUGCCGGAGCCACCACUGGUGGAUAACUGGAUGAGCGGUGGCGGUGGAGGGGGUGGAGGAGGAAGCGGUGGUGGUAGAGGUGGAGCAAGUCCCUAUAAUAACCGUUAUAAUGGCGGACAGCGCAGAGGAGGCGGUGAUCGUGGCUGGGGAAGACGUGGAGGCGGCGGAGGCUAUCAACCCGAUCGCUUCAGAGAUAAUCGUCGUCAUAGACAUGAGGAAUAUCCACGCCGGGAACAUGGCGCUGCAGCUGGAGGAGAGCGUCCCUAUGAGCGCCGGCCACGUCAAGAGCAGCCGCAACAGCAGCGGGGAUCCCCCAUGAAUGUGAGGCGCGAUUAUGGCAACUUUGUGCCCGCCUCUAGAGAUUAACGAAUUUGCAUGUUUCCAAGUGUACCAUUUGCCUAAACACACACACACGCAUAGCUAUACAUAUAUAUUGGUAAUUGAAUGUUAACAACUAGUGAUGUAAAUAAAAAUCGAUACAUCUGAAAAUAUCGAUAGUGCGCCUAUUAAA